GUAAAUCGUGAUCGUGGCUUCUGGGGACGACGAAAGCCGCAGCUGGGUGGAGAUAUAACUACUCAUUCCUGGGUACACCUGCAAAGUCUGACUGUCAGAAACGUACUUUUCCACUCUUUUAUUCUUUUCCCUUUCCUUUCCUAUCUCGCUCGCUUGACCUCUAGAUUUUUUGAUGCACAGUAUGAAGCCGUGAGCUCGCCGACUCCUUCAUCAUGUCGACCACCCAGCUAUCGGGUCGACCUGAUGUCCUACAUACUGUCAAUUUCGUCACGCAAUGUCUCUGCAUUCCGAUCAUAAGCGUCUUCGUGAUUGCGCGGUUCUCUAUCCGGUUAUAUCAUAAACAAUUCUCGGGCGUUGAAGACGGAACCUGCUUGCUUGCAUGGAUCUUGUUUAUGGGAUAUUGCGGCAUUGCCAUCGUGGUUGGCAGCUAUGGCGGAGGGUAUCACUACACUGAUGUUUCUGAUGCGGACCUUGUCCUUUUUCGCAAAUUCUGUUACGUUGCGACGGCGCUUUACUGCCCCAUGGCCCUCCUGGUCAAGAUUGCACUCCUGUCCAUCCUCAUCCGAAUCUUCGCUCCCUACAAAUCAAAGAUCCUCUUCAUCUAUGUCUUCCUCGGCUGCUUGUGUGUCUACUAUACCAUCGCGGAGAUUGUCAAGAUCCGCAUGUGCGACCCCAUCCCGGCGUAUUGGACUUUAGACCCCCAUGCCUCUUGUUUCGACCAGCGAGCUGCCCUCAUUGCCGACUCGGUCAUUAGCGUGGUGUCCGAUCUGCUGAUUCUGAUUCUUCCGCUCCCCCUCACAUGGUCACUGCAAAUGUCAAGGAACAAGAAGCUGCGCGUCAUUGGGAUGCUGUCGGCUGGGGGUCUUGCCACGGCCUUCAGUAUUUACCGAUUAAUCCUGGUCCUGCGUGAGGGGGACUCGCCGGAUAUGACAAUUGUGUUUAUCUGUGUUAUUCUGUCGGGCAAUGCCGAAGGAGGCGUUGGAUUGAUUUGUGCCUGUCUCCCGUCCCUCAGCAUCUUCAUCAACAAAGCCCGCAAGCACAGCUACAAUUCCGACCAAUACUACGAGCCGCACAGCUCCUCCGUCCAGCUCAGCCGUGUCAAGGGCGCAGGCAACCAGGGCGUUUUUGCGAAUAUGCCCCAUCACGACCCGGAGGGCCACGAGUUCGGCUCGGACCAGAGCCACCUCAUGUCUUACACAGGUGCAGGCGAGGGCCUAUCUGGCCGUGGAGUAAUCCACAAAACAAUCGAUAUGUCACAAACUGUGGAGAUGGUCGACGAGCCAGAGUCCCCGUCACACCGGUUGUGAUGUGUCUAUGCCAUUUUAUUAUUUCCCUAUGUCUAAAAUCCUUUUCUUUACUAUUGUUUUAUCCUACCUUUCUUUCCAGUCCUCC